AUGUCCGCCUCCCUGCCCGGCGCGCGCGCUCUUCCCGACUCGCAGUAUGACUUGAGCACCUACUGGGGCCGCGUCAGGCAUACCGCUGGCCUUACCGAUCCGAGGACCCUUCUCGUUGGCAAUGCUGGUCUCGAGCAAGCCAAGCAGCUGCUUGUCUCCUACAAGCAGGGUCAGAUCAAGUCCAUGACUCCCGAGUUGUGGCAGGCCAAGAAGCUUGUCGACUCGACCCUCCAUCCCGACACUGGAGAAAAGGUCUUCCUUCCUUUCCGCAUGUCCUGCUUCGUCCUUUCCAACUUGGUCGUAACAGCUGGCAUGUUGACCCCCGGCCUCGGUAACCGCGGCACUAUCGCCUGGCAAGUAGCCAACCAGUCCCUCAACGUUGCCAUCAACUACUCCAACGCCAACAAGUCUUCUCCCCUGAGCUGGUCCAAGAUUGCCCAGUCCUAUUUCCUCGCCGUCGGCGCCUCCUGCGGUGUGGCCGUUGGUCUCAACAGCGUCGUCCCGCGUCUCAAGUCUCUGACGCCCUCGACCCGCCUGAUCCUCAGCCGUCUGGUUCCCUUCGCCGCCGUCGCCUCGGCUGGUGCCCUUAACGUCUUCCUCAUGCGCGGCGAGGAGAUGCGCACGGGUAUCGAUGUGUACCCGGUUUUGUCGGCCGCCGACAAGGCCAAGCUCGUUGCCGAGGGCAAGGGCGAAGGAGAUGUCGAGAGCUUGGGCAAGAGCAAGAAGGCGGCGACCAUUGCCGUGGCGGAGACGGCCGUCAGCAGAGUGUUGAACAGCAGUCCCAUCAUGGUCAUCCCCCCUCUUGUCCUGGUUAGGCUCCAGGCGACCCAGUGGUUGAAGAGGAACCCCAGGUACACGACCCCGAUUAACCUCGGUCUGAUCUUGGUGACCAGCUAUGCUGUGUUGCCGUUGGCCCUCGCGGCGUUCCCCCAGAUGCAGAAGAUCGAGGCGGAUAAGUUGGAGGGCGAGUUCAAGGGCCGUGGUGGUCAGGAUGGCUUGGUUGUUUUCAACCGUGGUAUCUAA